AUGGAAAGAAGGAAAAGGUCUCCUUUCUCAGAUCAGAUCAAUGCUUUGAUAGUACCACCCAAGUUCAAGAUGCCAACUUGGAAGGUGUAUACUGGAAGGGAAGAUCCCGUCUCACAUGUUAAUAAUUUUGAGAUACAAACGGACCUCCAAGGGGUUAGAGAUGACGUUCGUUGUAGGAUCUUUCCUACUACUUUAUCCAAUUUUUCUCAACAAUGGUUCUUCAAACUGGAACCAGGAACCAUUACAUCCUGGGAUACAAUGGUGAGGUUCUUUUACUCACAAUUAUUUGCUGCUCGUAUCCCAUCUACUGAACUCAAUGACCUUGUUGACAUUAAGCAAGGACCGGAUGAGCCUCUGAAGGACUAUGUGCAGAAGUUCGUGCAAGCGGCUACUCGAUCAAAGACGGUCAAUGAUGAUGGAAAGGUGAUGACCAUCAUGGAUGGAAUCCAAGUGAAGGGUCCUCUAGGGAAUGACCUAAGGAGGAAAACUAUCUGCUCAACAAGGGAGUUCUUAGAUCGAACAAACAAGUUCAUUAAACUAGAAGAGGCCAUUAGGAGAGCAGAUCAAGUCAAUCAUGCAAGUACCAGUAUUGCCAUUCCAGCCAAAAAUAAUGGAUCUCCAAACUAG